GUUUUCUAUGUUACCACUUACGAAUGGGUGCGUGACGCCACUGCCCAAGUGCCCCAGCUGACGCCUACUAUACGUUCAGUGUUGGGAGGUGGUGCUGCUUCAGCUGUGGCUCAAAGUCUGGUUGUGCCGAUUGACGUAGUCUCGCAGCAUCUGAUGCUGAUGAGCAGGGUUCGGAAGCCGACUAAAGCCAAUAGCGGAGGCUUUCCAAUGCCCUCUGGCACACUCAGUCAAUGUUCACAAAAGCUACCCUCUAUUUCAAAUUCCUCUGCUUCUCUAACCCCCGCUCCUGCCGCCUCGGUAUCCUCCCUGGCGGCAGCGACAAUCCAAGAUGUCCGCCUGGGGCCUCUUGGUGAAUGCACCGGUCAGCGGCGCACUCAGCGCGUACGCCAACUAACGCCUCUCAGACUGACGGCAAAUGAGAUGGCAAGCGCAUGGUCUCGUGCAUUGGCUGUUAUACGUCAUAUUAUGCAUCGACAUGGAAUCCAGGGUUUAUAUCAUGGCUACUUUAUUUCUCUGGCCACCUUUGUGCCCAGUAGUGGCCUUUGCUGA